CCAUAGGAAAUGGAAGUGAAUGGGUGUUCUUAGCAUCUUUAUCAAUGUCUUAUCUUUAUAAGCCAAAUUCACCUUUAAUCAUCAUUGUGUCAGAUGGUGCAGCAAUGUCAAAAACAAAUUAAUGGGACUUUGGAGACAAUCUAGUUAGGGCCUAGGGGGAUGGCUGGCCUGAAAGGAAUGACAAGCCUUUAAAUAUUAAUUCUGCAGCAUACACUAAACAUUCUAGUUUUUAUGCAGGCAGGUGCACAUUUUGGACGACGGUGAAAAAAAAAUCGCCUGGGGCGAUUUGAUCAAGGCCCUUCAUUCCACAAUGGAUUCAGACAGUGAUGAUGAUAAUGUUCACUUUGGUACACCCCUUGAGCCUCUUGAGGAAGGGAGCGCCGCUAAGCGUCGUCCGCCGGCUCUUGAAGACCAGACGGUACGGGACAGUCGCGGCCGACAGCGGUUCCACGGCGCCUUCACCGGCGGCUUUUCUGCGGGCUUCUUCAACACGGUCGGCUCCAAGGAUGGCUUCCAGCCGGCCUCUUUUGUGUCGUCCCGCAGCACGCGCGCCGAGCGGCGACCGGCGCGGCCCGACGACUUCAUGGAUGAUGAGGACCGUGGGGAGCACGGUAUCGCGCCGCAGCGCGUCCAGGCCAGGGACGAGUUCCGACCGACGCCCCCCGGCGGCGUCAAACGCAGCCGGCCCCAGUUCGACGAGGGACCCAUUCCCGGGGAGCCGGUACUCAGUCAGCUGGUGCAGCCGGUCAGGGACACGGUUGGUGUUCGGAUUCUAAAGGCGAUGGGAUGGCGGCCCGGGCAGGGCAUCGGACCCCGCAUCACAAAAAAGGAGAAGAAGAGACAGAAAAAGGUGUACGGCUGCGCGCUGCCGCCGGGCGCCGAGCCCACCGCCGCCGCUCCGUCCGACUCCGACUCCGACUCGGACUGGGACUCUGCGCUACGGGAGGUACUCCUGGCGCCGGACGACUUCGAGGCGCCCCUGGUGCGGCCGAAGCACGAUCACAUGGGCCUGGGGUACCGCGGCCUGGACCGACACUCUGUGCUCGGCGCCGCCGCGGGCGAUACCACGCUGCGCUACAGGGACAAGGCGGGCAAGGUGGCCAUCAGGGGACAGGCGUUUGGUGUGGGUGCAUUUGAAGACGAAGACGAUGAUAUUUACGGCACCGAAGAUAUGUCCAAUUACGACUUCGAGUCGGCUCCGGAAAAGCCUACCUCUCGUCCCGCGCCCGGCAGCGCUGACCGCCUGGCGCGGACCCUCGCCGGGUUCCGUCUGUCGGAGGGUAAACGGGCGACUCGACCGCGCUACCCGCCGCCGCCACUGCCUCCUGGCUUUGUGCCCCGCCACCGGGCGCGCGCGAGCCGCUUCGAGCCGCGUCCUGAGGAGCGGCGGGGAUUGGAGCGGCACCGCCUGUCGGCCGGUCGGAGGGCAGAGAUGAUCGGCGAGCAGCGGCCUGCGGACCCAGUGGAUUCCUCGCCAGCUGCGGCGCGGACGGAAUCUCCGAGCGGAGCACAGUCGGAGGCUCAGCCCGCCGCUCCGGUCGCCGCAGGUCUGCCGGGCCGACCGGAGUCCGAGCGGCCCUCCCAGCCGGCAGACAGCCCCGCGGUGAAGACAGAGCCUGGCGCAGUGCCGGCGGACGCGGAGAGACUGAGGGAAGUACAUCAGCUGCUGGCGGAGGGCGGCGACUCGCCGGCCGCCGCCGCUCCCGCCCUGAAACCGUUCGCCAGCGACCCGGAGAAGCAGGCGCGGUAUGAGAAGUUCCUGAAACUACAAGCCGCCAAUAGGAAAGAGGACUACCACCUGCUGCUGCCCGCCUCGAUGACCGACUGGGAGCGACAGCGAGAGGUGAGCGAAUUCCACCGCUCGGCGCUCAUAUUCCGACCGCUGGCCGCCUCCCUGGCCGACAAGUUCGUCUCGGCGGGUACCUCCGACCAGGAGAAGCCGCCGGCACCGGGCGAGGCUGCCGCCGGACGGAAGGAGUCGACCGAUCCGGCUACCCAGGCGGCUCGGAGGCGGAUGUUCGGCUUCCUGACGCGGCAGACCCAGGAGUGGCACCCGGCUCCGCUGCUCUGUCGACGGUUCAACGUCAAAAACCCGUACCCACACUCCAGUAUAGUCGGUACGCUGGGUCUGGCCAGCGGCGCCGCCUCCAUGUCCGCGCCCGUGCUGCCUACUCCGACCCCCACUGCUGACGCGCCAGCAGCCCCCAAGCCGCGGCUGCGCUGGGACGAUGUGCUGUCAGACGAAGAGGGUGGAGGGACGGAUACGGCGGCCGGAGCUGGCGACGGAGCCAUGGCGCCCAGCGGUUCUCUCGCCGGCUCUUUGCUGGCUCUCCCGGCACCUAACACCGCCGGCCCGCCACCGGCCACCACAGCACCAGCCCAGAAACCAUCCCCGGACCUCUUCAAGGCCAUCUUUGACGACUCGGACACCGAGUCUGAGUCGGAGGACGCCCCGGCGAAGGAGGCCAACUCACCGGAGACUCCUCCGCUGGUGGGCGGGGCUCAGCCGAUCGCCGCCACUGACAAUCAGCUAGCCGCCGCAGCCGAGGAGGGAGCGACGCGAGCGGAGCCUUCCCGCUCCUCUCCUCCAGUUGAACCACAGGGACAAACAGGAAAGCCAGUCGGACCCUCUGGCCGGCCGACUGCCGCGUCUUUCUUCAACCAGGCCCCGUCCGCCGCGGCCAAGAGGCAGGGAUUCAGCCUGUUUGAUAAUGUUGAUCUGGACGAGCUGAACAGCUGGCGAAGGGGUGGAUCCGGUGGCGGUGGGAACGGGGAGAGUGCGGCAGACGGUCCGGAGAAGGGACAAAGCGCCGCGCCAGCCGCCACUGUCCCGGCGUCGCCGGUGGGGAGCUUCAGUCCGGGCUCAGAGGACGAGUACGGUCCCCGUCUACCGCCGUCCGCGCCCACCGCCGCUACCACGUCCUCCUCCUGUCUGCCAGUGAGCUGUAUGGGGAGGAAGAGGAAGAGGUCCGACAGUGACGCCGCCGAGUGGCGCGAGAUGUCUCCGAACGGGCACAAGAAAAAGAAGAGCAAGAAACAUAAGAAGAGUGAUAAGAAGAAAAAGAAGAGUAAGAGAAGGGGCAGUGGCAGUGAUAGUUCAGACUCUGAUGAUGUGGAUAGGACGUUAUUGAAAAAGCUCAGGGAUGUGGUGAUGAAAAAGAAGAAAAAGAAGAAGAGCAGCUCUCGACACUGAGAAAUUUCCACCGAUGCUCGCUUGCUGACCGGCUGUGGACUUUCAAUAUGGUGAACGAUUCGCGAUUGGGCUAAUUACAAGUAUGUGCCAUACUGGCAUACUGUGUUCGGCAUGACCCCUGAAUCCAAGGAGUGUUACUUUAUGUUCGAUCUUUGGAUGGUGAUAGUGACGUUUUCCUGCCUUUUCAUUUGAGCCUUAUGGCCUGAAGGCCGACCGGUGUGACCCAGCCGCACAAGCGAAGUUCAGCUUAUCGCUGUCCUUCCCAAAGGCGUAAGUCGUCCUCAGGAAAAGUGCCGUUUGACGUGAUGCGAUAAUAUUGUGACGUGAUCUCGCCAAUUUCGUGUAAUGUCCUGCGUGUCCAAUAGCAUUGGCGCCAGCCCUGUCCAGUGUGCAUCCUUAGAAAUGUAACGUGCUCUGUUCAUAGGAUGCGAAAUGUUCGGCAGACUGAUGUCUGCAGUCUGGAACAGGCAAUAGGGUGCAGUUGUCCUUACUAAUGGUGAUGUUUUCGCGAGUUAUAUGAUUGUAGACAUGUGCUGUUUACUUUGAUAAAUGAACCAGUCCACGCA